AUCUGUGUACGUAGAAAAAAUCUACAGCAUUGAAGAAUCGGUGUUGGCCUGGCUGUUCUCGGUACAAUAAUGUCUUGAGUUUGGCAAGAAUGGCAUCGGUUGAUAGUACAUGCAUUCUAGUCCGCAAGAAAUCCCGCCCCUCGUCCCGAUCAGAUAUUUCCUGGCAGCUUCUUCAUUUCUAUUAUUAUAAACUUAGAACUAGAAGUAACAGUAAGUAAAUCGAAUAGAUUGUUAAUUUUUGAGGAAGCUUCGAACAUCGUGGAUUGUUCUUGGCGAGCCUUUCGCGAUUUCUCUUUGACUCACUCAUCAAGUCCUACCAUUGGAAAUUCAAGAUUGCUUCUAGGUAGUUUUCUUGGCCGUUUUGAGGAAAAUACUCACCUGGUGACUCCUCAUUACGCGCACUUCCCUAGGUACUGGUACUGUCUGAGAGAACCAAAAAGAUGCCGUUGUCCAAACCGGAAAUCUCACCCUCAACGGGCGAGCCUAUCUUGAAGCGAUGUCAGUCUGAACCUCGCAACACCUUUGGGUCGUACCAUCGUAUGUGGCAACUCAGGCUGAACCCAGAAUCCCUGAACGUCUAUCCAAGUCAAUAUGCAGCGACGGACAUCAAAAUGAAUCAGCAAGGCGGAUAUUCCUAUCAGAGCUACGAAACUAUGCGGUACUACUACUUUGUGGAGGAUAUUAGAUCCGUGAACUUUUGAAAUCUAGAAAUUUUCGAGUUAAUGAUAUGUGCUGUGAACAAUGUGUCUGUCAGUGUCAGGAAAGUGUCAUGAUGAUUAUUUUCACAGUAAUCUUCGUUUGCACAGAUCCGUUUCCAGUACAUGAGCCAAUGAAACUUUUUCUUCAAAAAUAAUGGCAUUCCUCAAUUGUUUUUCCGCUGUUAGGUUUCAUCGGGUGAAGCAUACACGAUGUCCGUUCCACUCUUCGGAUCAAUAUUCGAAGCCUUACGCGACAUCGCAGGAGUACGGUUGGCAUUACCGCAACAUGCAUCCGCCACAAGAGUCUUCCAACUACUAUCCGAUCACUUCGAGUGCAAUGACCAAACUAGUCGACAAUCUGUCUCAGGUCGGGAUCAAGCUAGGAAAAAAGUAAUAUCCACCGCUGGGAACAAAUCGUGUCGCUGACAGUUCAUAAAAACUGUUAGAGACGCGGCGACGAUGGUGGUAUUAGUGGGGGGGGGAGCGAUUGAGCCGGCGUGGUAACGUAGAAGAAGAUCCUAGUGGUUGAGGUCGCCAUAGCUUCGGGGAGAUUAAGUUAAGAAAUUGGUUUUGCGAUGUAGACGAUCUAACAAUCCUAAUUAUUGAAAACUUCACAAUAUUGCUAUAGGGGAGACGGAUGAUUCAAUGUCCACUAGUCUUUGCUUGUGUAUCUCACAUCUUGUUGUAUAGCUCUGCACAGAACUUUUCUAUUGACUUGUAACCAUUGUAUGCUAUAAAUGAACCUUAUUCAAUCUAUGAGAAGCGAAAAACAUGACGCUAAGUAUUUGGAAUGAUGUUGAUGCGGCGGGGCAACAAGUAAACAGGCGAAGUGAUUU